UUCCCCCGCCGCGCGACUAGUUGUGUGUUCCUCAAAAUAUUUAUUUUUGAAAACACUGUUCUUUCAGAGUUUCAGUUAAAUAUUAAAUCCAAAUUGGUAACAGCGUGCCAAAAAGCGAGCGGAAGUUUUUGGCCUGGUUUUCAGCGUUCUUUCUGUUUCUCUGCACCCGUCCGCGUCGUUCAGGUGUAUCUGUGUAUCUGCAUCUAGGUUAAAUUCGCGAGUGUGUUACAAAAUGAUGGAAAGUGUGCAAAAAAACCACCAGAAAGAGAUACAAAAAUUGACUAACUAAUCCGCGGCCUGGGGUUCGUUCGAUGAAAAGCGAAACCUGUGCGAAAAAAGAAAGCGAGUUUCCACUUUCUAUUUAGUCAGUCGUCGGCGCUGAAAGUGCACUGUGCUCUCCACUCCUCUCCGGUUGGGGUUGGGGAUCGAUCGGCUCUGUCUCCAGGGGCUCUCCAGAUAAAGUGCUCGCCAGAACUGAAACCAAAGAACUCUAGAAGUAAAGGAGCAAGGAAAGCCAUACAUCUGACAGAUACAGAUACGAGCACGCACCCACACCCUCAUCGACAACAGCAUCACCACCGCAAACAAAAUGCUGAAGACAAAAUCAAGUGACGACAAACUGGAUACGCUCCUGUCGCGCAGCGUAGUGCCGAUCAUCGAUCUGGCACACUGUGGCAUUGAGGAGGUGCCUGUCAAGUCUGUGGUCAAUCGCGUGGGCCACCAGCUGAAAAAGGCCCUGUCCGAGAAGGGUAUGGCUCUGCUGGUCAACCAUGGCAUAUCCGACGAGAAGCUUAAGACUGCCUGGGAUCAUUUGGAUGAUUUUGUGGACCUACCGCCGGACGUCAAGCAGCACUACAUCCGCACAGAUGGCGACAAGCAUGGCUAUGUGAGUCGCGGCCAGGAUCGGUACGCCGGGAAGCCCGGUGCCCCCGAGCUGCGUCAUGCAUUCAACAUUUGCACACUGAAUGCCAAGAAUCUGCCAGAAGAGCCGCUGCCCGGAUUCGCGGACCACAUCAGCACACUGGCCACGGACUUCAAGGCGCUGGCCAGCUUCAUUCUGCAGUCGCUGGCCGUCUCCCUGGACAUUCCGUCCACGUUCUUCCUCGAAAAGCACUCACACAUGCUGUCCGGCGACCACGACAACAUGACCUCCCUGCGAAUGCUCUACUACCCCCCGAUCGUGGACGACGAGCCCGGCCAGAACGACUCCAUCAGGGGUCGCUGCCUCUACAGCUACCAGCGCUGUCUGUCCAACCAGCCGGACUUCCGUCCCGAGAACAAUCCCCGCGACGAAGCGGAGCUCAAUGAGCUGGACGGGCCCAAUGGCCAGGUCUUCGAGCACAAGCUUGGAAACGGAGCUGUCAUCACCUGCCCACCACAUGUGGACUACGGCACGUUUACUCUGCUGGCCCAGGACUCGGAGGGUGGCCUGGAGGUGAAGCUACCCGGCAGUGAAAAAUGGCAUCGCGUUGGCCAUUUGCCCGGCUCCAUUCUGGUCAACUGCGGCCAAAUCCUGAACACUUGGACCCAGGAUCGCUAUCCCGCCUUGCAACACCGCGUCGUUGUGCCUGAACAGGAGUCGGUACGGUCUCGGGGCAGGCACUCUAUUGCCCUCUUCUGCCAUCCGGAUAACAUAACCAUGAUAUCGCCCAGCGAUCUGCCCAAUCCAGAUGCCGCCCAGGACGUGUGUCUCAAGCAGCGCAAGAAGUCCUUCAAGGCGGCGAAAGAAAGAGUCUACAAUGCAUAUCAGUUAAUACAAAAAAAGUUUAGAGAUACGUAUAGCAAUAACAAUCACUCAUAACGAGGGGCACCACACGGCCUCUGCCCCACCUGUCGCAUCUCUACCUGAGCAGAAAUGAAGAUCUUCGUGUGGAUGGGUGUAACGAGUAGAGUGAAAAGAAUGAAAGAG